GCUGAGGGGGCAGCUGGGCGCACUGGCCGCCCUGGCCUUACUCCUGGCCGGCUGCGCAGCCGGUCGCGGCGGUUAUGAUGCCCUGAGCUAUUCUGUGGAAAGUAAUGGCAAAUGGAGUGGGAGACAGCUACUGCAAGUGAACGAGGAGAACACAACCAACAUCCCAGAGGAUGAGGGGAACCAGUACGUUAGAAAUUGCACUGAACCAGCUCUCCAUGAAUUCCCCAAUGACAUCUUCACGAACGAGGACAGGAGACAUGGAGCUGUGGUCCUACACGUCCUCUGUGCUGUUUAUAUGUUUUAUGCCUUGGCAAUCGUCUGUGAUGAUUUCUUUGUCCCUUCGUUGGAGAAGAUUUGCGAACGCUUGCAUCUUAGCGAAGAUGUGGCUGGGGCAACUUUCAUGGCAGCGGGAAGCUCUGCUCCUGAGCUGUUUACAUCUGUCAUAGGUGUAUUUAUCACAAAAGGAGAUGUAGGCGUUGGAACCAUCGUAGGCUCGGCUGUAUUUAACAUCCUCUGUAUUAUUGGCGUGUGUGGGCUUUUUGCAGGACAGGUUGUGGCACUGUCAUCCUGGAGUCUCCUGAGAGAUUCAAUCUACUAUACACUGUCUGUUGUUGCACUCAUUGUGUUUAUUUAUGACGAGAAAGUUUCCUGGUGGGAGUCCUUAGUCUUAGUGCUGAUGUACAUCAUCUACAUUGUUAUCAUGAAGUACAACUCAACCUUACAUCACUGCUUUGAAAAGAAGACAAAAAAUUCUGCAAAUAUGGUAAAUGGUUUAGGAAAUAGCACGGAAAUGGACGAUAACAGCAACUGUGAUGCCACAGUGGUAUUACUAAAGAAAGGAAAUUUCCACCGUAAAGCCUCUGUGAUCAUGGUGGAUGAGCUGCUGUCUGCCUACCCACACCAGCUUUCGUUUUCUGAGGCUGGGCUCCGAAUCAUGAUAACCAGCCACUUCCCUCCCAAAACACGUCUCUCCAUGGCCAGCCGCAUGUUAAUCAAUGAGAGGCAAAGGCUGAUCAACAGCAGGACUUACACUAAUGGUGAAUCUGAAGUAGCAAUCAAAAUACCAGUCAAGCAUGUGGUGGAGAAUGGAACAGGCCCCAGCAACUCUGCCGAGCGGGGUGUGAACAGUACACGGCGGGAGGAGGACGCGGCUGAGGCUGGAAAUGAGACAGAGAACGAGAAUGAGGACAAUGAGAACAAUGAAAAUGAUGAGGAAGAGGAAGAAGAUGAUGAUGAUGAUGACCAUGAAGGGCCAUACACACCUUUUGACCUACCCACUGGCAAGAUAGAAAUCUUGAAGUGGCUCUUCACAUGGCCAUUGAGUUUUGUCCUGUACUUCACCGUGCCCAACUGUAACAAACCCCACCUGGAAAAAUGGUUUAUGGUUACCUUUGCUUCUUCUACCCUCUGGAUUGCAGCUUUCUCCUACAUGAUGGUGUGGAUGGUGACAAUCAUUGGCUACACACUGGGAAUUCCAGAUGUAAUCAUGGGCAUCACUUUCUUGGCAGCUGGAACCAGUGUGCCAGACUGCAUGGCAAGCCUUAUCGUAGCAAGGCAAGGUAUGGGGGAUAUGGCUGUGUCCAACUCCAUUGGAAGCAAUGUUUUUGAUAUUUUGAUUGGCCUAGGCCUUCCUUGGGCUUUGCAGACCCUAGCAGUGAAUUAUGGAUCAUAUAUUCGUUUAAACAGCAGAGGACUUAUCUAUUCUGUUGGCCUCCUGCUGGCAUCUGUUUUUGUCACAGUUUUUGGCGUCCACAUGAACAAAUGGAAACUGGAUAAGAAGCUAGGGUGUGUGUGCCUUUCCCUUUAUGGCAUCUUCCUGUGUUUCUCCAUCAUGACAGAAUUUAAUGUUUUCACAUUUGUGAACUUGCCUAUGUGCAGAGAUCACUAAAGCAGGUGGCAGACUGUCAGGAGGAACUUCCUUCUUACCUGUGCAAUACAAACCACGGCUGGCGUCUCCUGAACGUGGUGCACCUCCAAGUCGUGAUGUAGAUCCCGCCCACUGUUCAUAGGACCCGUGGCCCCAUCUAGGUCUGCCCUCUCCCAGAUGCCCUCCAGUCUGGAAAAAUCCUGCAUUGAUGUGAAGAUUAUUUUUUUCAACAGUCAUGUAAUUUCCUAGCUCAGUUCUUGAACAGUGUGACUGGGACUCUUCUAGAUGAACUGGCUGCUAACUGGCGUCAAGCCAGGCAAAACUGGUCUGCUACAAUUCCUUCUUUUUUUAAGUUAUUUGAUGGAAGACUUAUCUAAUUUAUGAUUUAAGACUAUUGCUACAAUGCAGAAAAGAAGGUAUGUUGUUCAGGGGCUGAUUUUCAAGCAGAACUAUGGGAAUUUUUUUUGGUUGGUUUGGGGUUUUUUUUUUAGUUUUCUUUUUUGG